AGUGUAACAUAACAAAGCUACUUAAAAACUAUAAAGAGUAAAUUUAAAAUUUGAAAGGCUGUGAUAUUAAAGUUAUUUACUAAUUCUCGUUUCGUCAUUUACAUCAGGUUUAGUAGAAAAAUCAAACCAUGUGCUUAUGUUAGAAAUUGUUCGAAAGUUUUUUUGGAAUUGUAUAGCUUUACUUGUUUCUUCGGCAUAGGAAGAUUAUAAUAAUGUUCAAAGGAAGUGGCCAGGGAUGUUGCGAGUAUUUUGGCUGAUUGUAUCAUCAACUACGUUCUUCUUUGCACUUUCGACAGCACGAACACCCUGUACUGUGCUUUCCUCAUCCUACUUCAAAUGGCUCGAUGAUGAUGGGUAUUUGGUGUUGAAUUCAAUUCCGGGGGGAGCAGAUAUUGCCACUUACCAAUAUGAAGUGAAUGACACAUGUUGUGGGGCUAUGUGCGAAGAGGAGUGGACACCCCUCAACGGCUCGUCGAACUGCCAGUUCUGCUCCAGUAUAAAUGCCCUGGUCUGCCAUGGCUCCAACGUUUACAGCCUGCCGAACCCUUCGACACUACCGUCCAAGCAGCUCUCGCUGUUUAAGAUGUCUGGCGUCGGUCUUAUUGCACUCCCUCCAAACAGCUUCACAGGAUUAACCAUAGCAAGAUUGGUAAUUCAAGACUCCAACUUGACUUAUAUCGCAUCUGAGACUUUCGCCGGGGUCAAAUCGGUCACAUCACUGUAUCUGACUAACAAUACUCUGGACUACAUCUACCAGGCUGGCCACGUGUUCAACCAUCUCCCCAACUUACGGAUCCUCAACUUGGAAAAUAAUGGAUUGAGAAUUUUGUCGUCAUUACACCCUGCCAACCUGAGGAAACUGGAAUACUUAAGUCUUGCAGGAAAUCCGAUCUAUUCCCUCGAUGUCGACUUCCUACAAAACUCUGCAAUAAGAUUUCUUAAUUUAAGGAAUGUGACUUUCAAAGUUAAGCCAUCAGAUAUGCAAGCUAGCGGUUUUUCCUUGCUGCCAGCCUCAAUGAGAACAAUAGAUUUGAGUGGAGCAGAUAUAUCAGUCAAAGCCAUUGAAACAAUGUUAUCCUUCUUCAGAGAUAAGAAUAUUACCAUGCUCAACCUUGGUUAUCUCAAGCAGUCUGCUGGAGUCAUGGCUGCUUUGCUGCCUGUCAGAGAUACCCUGAUAUUCUUAUCCUUUCAAGGCACCGAUAUGCAAGACUUUUUUCAAGGUGGACCAAAGGAAAGAGAAAUCUUCAUUGAUAAACCAUUUGUUAGAUUGAAAGAGCUCAAUCUGAAAGGUUGCAAGAUUUCAAAUUUGGGAGACGGAAAAGUGUUCAUGAUUUUCCCUAGUUUGAAAAGUCUGUCUCUCUCAGAGAAUGAUUUUAAUACACUAGAUCUUGAACUGUUUGUGAAUUUACCGCCCUUGAAUUACUUGGAUUUAAGUGAAAAUUCUUUCAAAGAUAUUGGAGUGACAAUCUUUAACAGUAACUCAACCAUUAAAGGAAUACAAGCUCUGGAUCUCUCACUAACACAAUUUGAUCUAGAAGACAAAUCUUAUGCUUUUUUCAGUACAUUGCAGAAUGUAACAAAGCUUUCUUUAUGUGGUGCCGAUAUAGGUGAUAAGGUAAUUCGCUCUAUGCUGAAUAUGAAGAUGAAGUUUCUGGAUUUAUCCAAUACUCUCUCAAAAGCAGAAUUGAUCUCAGCCUUCUCGGCUCUGUUUGAAACACAGAAUUCAUCAUUGAUAGAGUUGAGAUUUGCCAGGAAUAACUUUGACAUGACAGGGUACCCUCUUUAUUUCAACUCCCUUAGAUCCCUCGAAGUACUUGACUUGUCAAAUAAUAUGAUUCGUAACAUAUACAAAGACAUGUUUGGGCAAAAUUUGACUCUUAUGUUUUUAUCGCAGAACCUCAUCACCACUUGGUAUUUUCCAAUGCUGAGUUCAGGAAGCAAACUUAAGUAUUUGGAUCUGGCCAAUAACCAGAUAUCGUUUAUAAGUGAUGCGAUGCUUGAAGAUUUUUAUAAACUAGAGUUUUUGGAUUUGGACAGUAAUCCUCUUAUCUGCCACAAGAAGGUGGUAGCAAUGGUCUGUGCGGAUGUCAUGAACAAGACUCACAACCUGACAAUUCUGGGGUGGCAACAGUACAACUGCUAUGACAUCAUCAGCAAGAGUUUCCGCCUAUUUGCUCAACCAAAGGAUUGUAACGAAUACUACGAGGAAGUGUCUACAACAUAUGACCAUGGUGGUGGUGGUGGUGACAAUCCUACAACUUAUGCUCCAGACUCCGGUAGGUCAGACGAUGACUUAUUCUCCCGUUCAAACAAGAUAUGGGUCUAUCUUAUGAUUGGCAUGGUAGUGCUAACCAGUGCAGUUGGCAGCAUUGUCUAUGCGAAGUGGUGGAACAUCAGGUGUUACAUUCACCGUUACUUCAGCCUCAAGAAAGCACGACUUCUACGGAAGGAAGGAGACCCGCUGACCAGGCCAGACAUCCAUUAUGACGUUUUUGUGUCUUAUUCUGAUGUUGACCGUUCUUGGAUCCUGGACCAGCUGAUACCUAACAUAGAGGGCGACGGCGAUAUAAGCCUCUGCUUUCAUGAAAGAGAUUUCAAGGUUGGCUUGGGAAUCUUGGAGAACAUAAUAGAGUGUAUGGAUCGCAGCCGUGCCCUUCUACUGAUUGUAAGCAGUGCCUUUGUCCGCAGCAAGUGGUGUCAGUUUGAGAUGCAUUUGGCUCAGUAUCGUCUCAUUGAAACUCUCAGGGAUCAACUUGUCUUGGUCCUGUUAGAAGACAUUCCGAGGAAAUCCAGACCACAAACUUUGCAUCACCUGAUGAUGACAAAGACAUACCUCAUCUGGCCUCGACACCCCAAUAAGGAAGAGGCCACAGAACUAUUCUGGAAGCGGUUGAAACGUGCUCUCAGACCAAAUUACAACUAUAUGUUCAGUGCAUAGCAUACACGUACAGCACAGAAAAAGUAAUCUAACAAAACUCUAAACGUCUACACACAUAAAUAAUUUUAAAUGGUAUUUACCUGAUAUUUAGGGAUGUGAGCACCAACGUCUAAGUUUUUUUGGUUAUAGGACUCAAAAUUAAUUCUUCCUUCCCAAAUUCAGGGUGGGGGCCAAACCAUUUUAAAUAAUUUAUCACUGUGUCACACUUCAGUCUUGUUCAGAAAAACCAAAAGUAAGGAAACACUUCUAAUCCAUUCCAAAAUCAUUAAGUUUCUUCUUAGAAUUGACUUAUUUCAUUGUGUAAGCAUAGGUCACUUUUCAAACCUUUUGAAGGGGUGAUAUUUUCUCUGAUGUUUUAGCUUAUACCAGGACUUAAUGUUGUUCUUGUCAAGUUUCCAAACCAAUUUUCUUGAAGAAUCAGGGAGCCAAUCCAAAGGAAUUUCCUUUCUCAUAAUCUAAAGCCCCCUAUUGUUAUGACUAUUAUUGUUGUUAUUCUUAUUGUUAUUAUUACUUAGUAUUGUUAUUAAUUUUUCGUUUGUUUAACAAAACCACAAGAAACUGAAAUUGUCAAUGCUGUGAAAUAGUUACGUCAAAUAGAGUAUUAAUUGUGUAGUUGUUUACCAACAAUUCCUAAAUGAAAGGAAUGUCAUAUUUGCUUAAAAAUUAAAAUAUUGAAAAUGCA